AUUGAUGCCUGCUAGCCUCGUGAUUCCGGCAGUUGCGGGGAUUUUGUUGAGAAGUGAUGGCAAACCAGGGUGCGAAGAAACGCAAGGAAGAGAAUGCUCGUCACAUGAACAAACUAUUUCGUCUCAUCAUAGCCUGCAAUGUUAUACACUUUUUAGUGAGGAUGCUCGUCUUUCAUUCAACUGUCAGUUGGAAGCAUUGGGUUGGCCUCUGUGUCACUUCACUGGCCUAUGCAAUUCCUUAUCAACAACUUUCCAAAAUGGCAGAACCAGCUUAUGAUGAUGAUGGAGAGCUUCUAGAUGGCGGGUUUGAUAUGAGCACUGGUGGAGUUUGUGGAUACCUACAUGAUGUGAUCUACAUUACAAUCUUUGUACAGCUGAUGUCCAUCAUCUCUGGGAAAUUUUGGUACACUUAUUUAGUGAUUCCAGCAUUUGGUGCAUACAAAAUUUUUGGUGUUACAAAAGGAUUUAUGUCUCAGGGUUCAGAGGGGACUAUGGAGGAUGAAAAGAGUCGUAAGAAAAGAGAGAAAAUGGAGAAGAGGGCUUCAAGAGGAAAAUUCGUUAAGGCAAGAACCAAGUAAAUUUGCUUGACAGCUUAGCAUUUUGUAAGCAGAGGUCUUGAAUGUUGGCGGCUGUGAUGAGAGAAUCAGUUUGGGCUGUCUUAUCAAGUGGAGACAAUUUUAACAACUAGUAUGAUCAUCAUGAAGUACAAAACUGUUGGAUGAUACACUGGUGGUAAACAUGCCUGAAGAAUUGAAUAUAGGUAGAGGCAAAAAGUAAGACUGUUUGCUUU